AACAAAAUACGCAAGUUAGAGAUGUAGUCAACAAAUACGUAAAGCGGGGGCUGUCAAGGUCACCAGGCGUAACCAGGCGUAAUCUGUGUGGGCCCCUUGCGUGGUUAGCGAAUACGUGAAAGGGGGGCUGUAACAGUCAUCAGCCUCUGCGGGGGCUCCUUGACUCAUAAGAAAACCAUGAUGAGACAUGACAAGACAAGACAUGCCACAUGUCUAUUGGACACAGAUAACCGUAGCAAGGGUGAUUGGUAGCACUGUGAUAUACGGGACAACUAUAAGAAGAGUGUGUUGCUUGCAAUAAACGCCAUUUGCCGCUCACCACAUUGGUGUCAUAAAAGCGUGUGAUUUGGCCGGGGCUGUCUGAGCACUUCACGACGGGACAUUAUUCAGAGGUUGCCGAAGCAAAGGCAACAAGUGGUGACCCCGACGUGAUAAUGCCAUGUCCCAGUCGUGAAUGUGUGAUAGCCGGUUGCGCGACGGACGCAGGAGCCCGCGGCGGUAAGGCGGCGGAAGAGCCGGAGGGACUGAUCCCCCUGGGGCUGUGAGCGCAGCUGCGAAGUUAUCCCACAGCGGUAAGCUUGUGGAAGGUGGAGGGCUGAUCACCCUGGACAACCAUGGAAUCCGUCAUUAAGGUAUUGCAUCAAGCUUGUAAGGACUAUUUCAGUGAGGAUGCUCCUUCUGAGAAGGACAUUGCCGCUGUACUUACUCGCCUGGAAGAGGAGUGGAAACUUCCUUCCUCUCAAGGCAUUUUAGACCCCACUAGAUGGGAUGCAUUUACAUCCGCGCUUGCGCAGCGUGCGAUAGAGGAGCAGAAAGUUGCGGAGCUUAAAAUUUGGGGGUUGGUCCUCGGCGCUCUCCGAGCCGCGAGAGAAGAAGAUAGAAUUCCUGAAGCUGCGCGUGUUAUGAUGGGCUUCGAAUUUAAUAACACCGUGAGAAACGGCGCGGGAAGCGUACUUUCUUGCAGGUCCCCUGAGGAAGAGAACACCGCAAAUAUGCCCUCAGCUAUGGCGACUAACAUCUCGUCCGCACCUUCGGCACCCCCUUCUGCUCCCCCCUCGGCUCCAGCUUCGCAUAAACAAUUAGAAGAAGACUACGCUGAACUGUCUGCACUUUUAUCUUGCAAAACGGCACAAGCGCAAGAAUCCAAGGUCUCUGAAACUCCCCAGCCGUAUCCAGGACAACCGCUGUAUCCUUCUCUGUGUAACCUAACACCACCUGUGGGGGCAGGGAAAAAAGUGAGCUGGGAUGGGACAUUUGCUGUCUCCUCUCAGGAGGUGGAAUGCAGUAACACCCAGAGGGGUGGGGACUGCGGGCAAGGCUUGGGUACGGAUUGGUUAAAAGUUAGGGAGGUAGUAGAAGAAAAAACAGCAGAGAGAAAGGGAAGCGAUGUAAGUUACAGGCGCUGGGAUGGUUGUGUCCGGCCAGCACUGUCCACCCUGACUGCGUCUGAAGGAGUAGGUGGCGUCCGGCCAGUGCCCUCUGCUCAGGUUGCACCCAACGGAGAAAGAAAUAGCGAUAGUCUCCGGACCCACUCUCUGCCACAGUGUUCAGACCCAUUGACUCGACCCACACAUCCUUUUACAGGAUUGAGUGCGCAUGCAACCAAUCAGAAGCCUCUACAACAGUCAGUGCAUGGUCAAAGAGAGAUGGGCACAGUGAGAGGGGUGCGGAGCCCGCAGCUUCCAGCUGUGACUGAAAAGGAUAGUGAAAGGAGAGAGGUGAAUUUGCAUUUAGGAGUUAAGAGAGAUGCACUAACAGAUUGUGGGAAGUUUAGAUCUAGCCUGAUAGAGGGAGGAAGAGUACUAGAGAUCCUCCUGAUAAUAGGGAAUGAUAACAGAGACCCGGAAUGGGUACCUCUCAAUCCGAAAGACAUCACACACCUGAUAGAUUGUGCAGAGAAAUGGGGAUUGAAAUCAUCCCUCAGUUUAAAUACAUUAGAAGUCCUGACAGCAUCAGGCCUUCUCUUUCCUCAUGUAACAAAUCUGAUGUGCAUGGUGCUUAAGCCAGUGCAGUAUACAUUGUGGGCAUUAGAAUGGUUUCCCUUCAGGGAGAGGUGGCCAGAUUGAGGCCUGGAGAACAAGCAAUUCCAUACAGCAGGUUUGUGAGAGCAAUGCUCUCAAAGCCUGAGACAUCUGCCUUGAUAUUGAACAAAUAUUUAUCACUUUUGAGGUACAUUCCAACAGGUACCUGAGACAAUGUUGGUAUAUAUUGGGCAUAGAUAGUGCCACUGAAGCUAUCAGCAAUUACUCUAACCUCUAAUCUCUAAUCUCUCUAUCUAUAACUUUACUAGUAUUGUAGGAUGUGGCUUUAAUUAUUAAGUGUUGUAACAUCACAUCAGUUCUUGCAGGAUAAUUACACGGUGAUUAAAGACCUAUCACCUCUUUUGCAACAUGAUGACCUGCACCAGUUGCUGAAACAUGUAAGAGACAAUGGACAGAAAACUUUGAUCACCAUUCACCAUGACACAGAAGAGAUCCAUCGUGUCCUAGAGAGAGAGUAAAGAAGGAUGGAGAACACCACUGAUGGGAAGUGAUUCUGGGAUGGUCCACCAAUGCGACAGGAAUGUUUAACUCUGUUUAACUCUAUUUUGUAUUCAGUUAUAGUUGCAUUAAGUCUAACGUUAAUACGCUUUAUGCUUAUAGUCAUAUUAUAUAUAGAUAUAUAGGUAUAUUACAGAUAUAAGUAUAGUGUGUGCUGAGACAAAUGACUCAUAUGGCAAAUGCCAAGAUGAAGGAAUCAGCGUCGAGAAUGCAAUAUAUGGCUUUAUAUAGAACUCACGUUUAAGAUAUUAGGAUUAUUAGGUUUAUAGGUUAUAAGGUUAUUAGGGUAAGAUUAUUUGGCGAAUCGCGAUGUAACGGGGCAAAAGGCUUAACCGAGAGGACAAUGGCAUGUAUAGGCGCAAUGCGGGGAUUUCGGGGUGUACGCGGUUAGGGUCCUCUCGAGUUGUAGUAGAUUUGCUUGAGCUUAGGGAGGGGGAGAUGUAGUUAACAAAAUACGCAAGUUAGAGAUGUAGUCAACAAAUACGUAAAGCGGGGGCUGUCAAGGUCACCAGGCGUAACCAGGCGUAAUCUGUGUGGGCCCCUUGCGUGGUUAGCGAAUACGUGAAAGGGGGGCUGUAACAGUCAUCAGCCUCUGCGGGGGCUCCUUGACUCAUAAGAAAACCAUGAUGAGACAUGACAAGACAAGACAUGCCACAUGUCUAUUGGACACAGAUAACCGUAGCAAGGGUGAUUGGUAGCACUGUGAUAUACGGGACAACUAUAAGAAGAGUGUGUUGCUUGCAAUAAACGCCAUUUGCCGCUCACCA